CACGGUGGAACUUCAUGCUACCCAAGAAGAUGCAGAGCAGGAAGAAGCAUAAACGCAAGGUGUAUGGUGAUAAGACAGACAUCCGAGGAUGACACGGGGACACAUUUUGGAGGCCGAGGAAACCAUGAACAAUGAAAACAAAGUUGUUUAAAGGAUAACCUACGUGCGUAUGAAGAGCAUGAGGCAAAGUACCCCAAAAUCCCUCUUUCAGAUGAAUUAUUGCGUUGUUGGGCAUGUCAACAUUAUCGACUUCCCCAUUGAUUUUUUCUUGGUUAACUGUUGGAAUUUUAUUCAGUGAUAUUGAGCUACAAGAAAGAUUUCAUUCAGUUGACAUGGAAUUGCCUCACCUCUGUUAAAAUCUGGGUUCUUGGGAACAGAGAAACUUCGGAAAAAUUUGUGCAGCAACGUCAUGAAGGUGACUUUGAAGCUCUUUUGUGGUAGCUCUGGCAUCAAGGUGAACAUAGAAAAGACUCAUUUUCUUCUAGAAGAAUGUAAAUUUUCUUCUAUUUUUGGUAGUUCCGAUUAAAUAGCGAAAUAUGUUGAUUUACACCAAUAGAAAGAUGAAAACAUGCGAUAGUAGUAACAUACUAUAAUUAUCACAGAAGGAUAUGAUUAUAAUGGUUUUAAACAGCUAUUGACUUGUUCAACAAACUCUACAAUUUUCCCAAGAGGGCCCUCUCAUUGUGAGGUUCUCUUUGCACUCUUCCAAAGGAGACCCCCUCACCAUGCAUGCAUGCAGGGGUCAGAAGAAAAAACAAGGGAAAAACGAAAAAUUAGCAGAAGCAAUGACCCGAAAAAAAUCACAAUCACAUUCCUUAGUUUCGGAUACGCCCUGAGGCGCCAGAUUUUGAGCAGAGUAAUGGCCAUAGCUCCGGCAACAAUUCUCCGGCCAACUCUCAUGAUCAUCGUCACUUUGCCCGUCAUAUAUUCCAUGACAGAAGCUGAAGCUUUGGUAAGUCUCAAAAGCACUUUCUCCAACGCUCAAAUUUUAAACGGUUGGGUGGCUGGUUCUGCACCUUGCAGUGUAGAAGAUCAAUGGGAAGGUGUUGUUUGCAACAAUGGCCUUGUCACGGGGCUUCGCCUUGGAGGAAUAGGGUUAGUCGGAGAAAUACACGUUGAUCCAUUGCUUGAACUCAAGGGUCUUCGAACUAUUAGCCUUAACAACAACUCUUUCACAGGUUCCAUGCCGGAGUUCAACCGAAUAGGCUUCCUGAAAGCCUUGUAUUUGCAGGGAAACAAGUUUUCUGGGGAUAUUCCUCCGGAAUACUUCCAGAGAAUGAGGUCUUUGAAGAAAGUGUGGCUUUCUGAUAACCAAUUCACGGGGAGCAUUCCACAUUCAUUGACCGAGAUUUCUAAUCUUAUGGAGUUGCACCUUGAAAACAACCAGUUUAGUGGAACCAUUCCUGAUUUCAAAAACCCGACCCUGGAGCACAUUAAUCUUUCCAACAACAAAUUGGAAGGUGAAGUUCCAGCUAGUUUGUUGAGAUUCAGCGAGAGCAUGUUUUCUGGGAAUUCUGGUCUUUGUGGUGAGAAGAUCGGAAAAUCAUGUGAAAAGCCGGUGGAGGCGCCAAGUCCUGCUCCCAUUGAUGCACCGGAAGCAGUAAGUGUUGGUGGUGGUGGUGGUGGUGGUGCGACUGUGCCACAUAGUAAUACCCCAUGGGAGGUUGCAGCCAUUAUAAUAGUGAGUGUAGUGCUUGUUUCAAUAGUUGUAUUUUUCAUUGUGAGAACAAGACAAAAGAAGGAGGAGGCGCGGCUUGAUAUGCUUGGAAAUGAUGCUAAUGGCGGUGGUGGUUCGGUGGAAGUUCAAGUGGCUACCACAUCGGCGAAAAGGGAUGUGGAUGCAAGUUCAUGUACAUCAAUUAAAAAAUCAUCGUCCAAAAGAGGAUCUGCAGGUUCUCAAAAUAAAGGCGUCGGAGAACUUGUGAUAGUGAAUGACGAGAAGGGUGUGUUUGGGUUGCCAGAUUUGAUGAGAGCAGCAGCAGAAGUUCUGGGAAAUGGAAGCUUUGGAUCUUCUUACAAAGCCGUCAUGGCUAAUGGAGUGUCAGUGGUGGUGAAAAGGACCAGAGAGAUGAAUGUUCUGGAAAAAGAUGCUUUUGAUGCAGAGAUGAGGAAGCUCUCAUCGCUUAAACACUGGAACAUAUUGACCCCUUUAGCUUACCAUUUCAGAAAGGAUGAGAAACUAGUGAUCUCAGAGUAUGUUCCCAAAAGCAGUCUCCUCUUUUCACUGCAUGGUGAUAGAGGACCAACACAUACGGAGCUGGAUUGGCCUGCACGUAUGAAAGUUAUAGGUGGAAUUGCCGAAGGGAUGAACUAUCUUCACAAAGAACUUGGUUCUUCAGAUCUCCCACAUGGCAAUCUCAAAUCCAGCAACGUUCUUCUGGGACCAGACAACGAAGCACUACUUGCAGAUUACGGGUUCAGCCGCAUGGUUAACCCUUCAAGUGCAGCACAGACACUAUUUGCUUACAAGGCACCAGAGGCAGCAGAACACGGCGAAAUUUCACAUAGCUGUGAUGUUUACUGUCUCGGGAUUGUGAUACUCGAAAUACUCACUGGGAAAUUUCCUUCGCAAUAUCUAAGCACUGGCAAAGGUGGAACCGAUGUGGUGCAAUGGGUUGAAACAGCAAUCACUGAGGGUAGGUUGGCCGAAGUGGUUGAUCCUGAAAUCGCAGCUUCUAGAAAAUCGGUAGGUGAAAUGGAGCAACUCCUGCUCAUUGGUUCUGCUUGCACCAGAAGCAGCCCUCUGCAACGGUUAGGCAUGGAGGAAGCGUUUAGAAGAAUAGAUAAGGUACGAUCCGAGAGUGGGGUUGGCAAAGAAUCAAGAACAAUAGAGGUGUUGCCAGCUUUCGGAGAUGACUAUGAAGCUGCAGAGCAAUUUGAGAACCAAUCACAUAGGAGACAUGGAACAGAUAGUUUCGGAAGUGCGGAUAGUAUUGAACUUUGAUGAACCUCCUAGGUAACAGAUUUAGAAUGUCUUCAUGCAUGUGUGUGGAAUUGUGUUAUUUGGUACAUACCUUAGAAUUUUUGAGUUAUAGAUCAGGGACAUGUAUAAAUUUUUAUGAUACUUUUAACUUACUCAUGUUUCAGUUAUAGGAUUCAGCUUUUUGUUCAUUUUGUAAAAUUUUUUAGUUACUGAGACAGAAAUAUCC